CAUCAUUAAGCACACAGACAAACACAGCUCAGAGCACUUUGAUCAAAUACAAGAUGAUCCACAAAUCAUCAGUACCCUCGAUUCUCUUGGCGAUGAUGCUGAUCGGAGUUACGUGCUCAUCGGCGAUCGCGGCUUCGGCGGGCCAGGGGGGGACCGAGCCGGCCCUCGAAUUGUACAUGCACGACAUUCUUGGGGGUAGCAGCCCCACAGCUAGGCCCAUAACUGGCCUGUUGGGCAGCAUUUACAGUGGCCAAGUGCCCUUUGCAAAGCCAGUGGACUUUCUUCCUCCACAAGGGGGCGUGGCCGUUCCCAAUGCAAAUGGUGCAAUCCCUACGGUCAAUGGGCUCAAUGGAAUCCCCCUAGGGACAGGCCUCGCAGGGACCCGGUUUGCCGGGACGCCCGACAAUGGCCCAAACCCAAAUGGCGUCCAGACCCAGUUGGGGCCCGACGGGCUGGGCCUCGGGUUCGGCACGAUCACCGUCAUCGACGACAUCCUGACCUUGAGCCCCGAACUGGGGUCGCAGUUCAUUGGCAAGGCCCAGGGUGUGUACGUCGCUAGCUCGGCUGACGGGACCACGCAGAUGAUGGCCUUCACGGCUGUGAUCGAGGGCGGGGAGUACGGGGACAGCCUCAACUUUUACGGAGUGUAUAGGAUUGGGGCCGCCCUCUCGAAACUGUCUGUCACAGGGGGGACCGGGAAGUUCAAGAACGCGUGUGGGUACGCGGAAGUGAGGUCGCUCUUCCCGUCGGGCCAAAACGUUAUCGACGGCGCGGAGAUGCUGUUGAGGAUCACUAUCUACUUGAGGUACUGAAACAUGGUAUCAAAGCGGACGGUCCUGGAUUUGUUUGGACGAACAGCUUGAUUUGAAAUUCCUUUAUCUGGCA